CGCAGGUGUCAUUCCCAAGCUAAAUCAGACGGAUGUUCAAAAUGACCAUCGGGCUUUAUUUUUUGUGUUGGUUGUGUGGUACAAUUGUACUGGCCUGUUCGGACAAGAAAGCUGACAAAUGCAAGCCUCCAUUUCAUAUUUAUGAGAAAAAUUGUUAUUACAUCAGCAGAGACAAAGUUUCCGCAGACGAAGCAUUUGCUCGCUGUAGCCGUAUGGGGGCGUAUCUGGCUAACUUCGAAACACUAGAGGAAGCGAUGUUGAUGAAACAGAAAUUGAAGAGGAUGAAUUCAGGUCUCCAUUUCUACGUCGGUGGGAGAAACAUAAACAGGAGGAAACCAGGAGGAGGAGAUUGGAGGUGGAUCAGAAACGGAAAAAUGAUGAAGAUGACGUAUCAUGCGUUUGGUGCCGGAGAACCUAGCGGAAGUGACAGAUCUCCAGAAGACUGCAUGUUCUUUUACGCAGGAAAUCCUGACAAAUGCAAGCCUCCGUUUCAUAUUUAUGAGACAAACUGUUAUUACAUCAGCAGAGACAAAGUUUCCGCAGACGAAGCAUUUGCUCGCUGUAGCCGUAUGGGGGCGUAUCUGGCUAACUUCGAAACACUAGAGGAAGCGAUGUUGAUGAAACAGAAAUUGAAGAGGAUGAAUUCAGGUCUCCAAUUCUACGUCGGUGGGAGGAACAUAAACAGGAGGAUACCAGGAGGAGAUUGGAGGUGGAUCAGGAAUGGAAAAAUGAUUAAGAUGACGUACCAUGCGUUUGGUGGCGGACAACCUGACGGAAGUGACAGAUCUCCACAAGACUGCAUGAUCUUUUACGCAGGAGAGCGCUACGCAUUCCAUGACAUGUACUGCGACAAUGGCUCUUACCAUGGUGGAUACAUUUGUGAAAAAUAAAAUUUUGAAAUGCG